UCUAAUACAGACUAAAGCAAUCACAGUAACUAGCAAACAUUCUUUCAAGAAAUUCAAUACGAAAAUACAAAAACUUAAGAACAUGGGAACCUCAGUUAGGUUAAGGCAUUGGCCUCAACUCAUCUAUGCAAUUGCAUUUUGCUUAAUUGCUAGCAGUGUAGCUGCUGAUGAUGAUAAGCCUUACUAUGAAGGCAAACCAAACAAUUACUAUCCAACACCACCAAGUCAUGGACAACAACCACCAUAUUAUUUCAAACAACCUCCAUAUUACUAUAAGUCUCCACCCCCACCAUCUUCUUAUGUUGAAAAAUUUCCUCCAUAUUACUACAAAUCCCCUCCACCCCCAUCUCCUUCACCACCCCCACCAUACGUUUAUAAGUCACCACCACCACCAUCUCCAUCACCUCCUCCUCCAUAUGUUUACAAGUCACCGCCUCCUCCUUCUCCUUCACCUCCCCCACCAUAUGUUUACAAGAGUCCACCACCACCAUCUCCAUCACCACCACCUCCAUAUAUCUACAAGUCACCUCCACCACCAUCUCCAUCACCACCACCUCCAUAUAUCUACAAGUCACCUCCUCCACCAUCUCCCUCACCACCUCCACCAUAUGUAUAUAAGUCACCACCACCUCCAUCUCCAUCACCACCACCUCCAUAUAUCUACAAGUCACCUCCUCCACCAUCUCCCUCACCACCUCCACCAUAUGUAUAUAAGUCACCACCACCUCCAUCUCCUUCACCUCCACCACCAUAUGUCUAUAAGAGUCCACCACCACCUUCUCCAUCACCCCCACCACCAUAUGUCUACAAGUCACCUCCUCCACCAUCUCCCUCACCACCACCUCCAUAUGUCUACAAGUCCCCUCCCCCACCAUCACCCUCUCCUCCCCCACCAUACGUCUAUAACUCCCCACCACCUCCAUCCCCUUCACCGCCUCCUCCAUAUGUAUACAAGUCACCACCUCCACCAUCUCCAUCCCCACCUCCUCCAUAUGUCUACAAGUCCCCGCCCCCACCAUCUCCCUCACCACCACCCCCAUAUGUUUACAAUUCUCCACCCCCACCAUAUCCUUCACCUCCCCCACCUUAUGUCUAUAAGUCACCACCUCCUCCCUCACCCUCACCGCCUCCUCCAUACUACUAUAAAUCUCCACCUCCACCUUCUCCAUCAUCUCCUCCACCAUAUGUGUACAAGUCACCUCCCCCACCUUCACCUUCACCGCCGCCUCCUUAUGUUUACAAGUCUCCACCUCCACCAUCUCCAUCACCUCCUCCAUAUCAUCCCUACCUCUAUAACUCACCCCCACCUCCCGUCUAUUAAUCUUCUGGUUAAAGCCAUUUGAAAUUUUUCAAUGAAUUAUGUUAAACAUUGUUGUGUUAAUUUGUAUUUAAGAUUUUAUUUGUUAAUAAAACAACCUAUAUUGAUUUUACAGCCUUAUUUUGGUUGUAGAGUAAUUGUGUAUGUAUGGUGCUAAUUCAUAAGUCUAUAUUAUUAAUUUCCUAUAGAUGUUUUAGAAAUUUUUCCAUGUUUUCAUGCACUUAUACUUUCAUAUUAUCAACAUCAACACAUAAAAUUAUAUCCUAAGAAUUUUAUGUCAGCAAUUAUAGUGGUUGUACCAAAGAAUAAAAUGAUGAGUUUAGUAUCGUCUCCAUUGAAAUUAUGAUCUUAAGCAUUACACGGUUUUGAUCGGAUAAUGACCGAAUAAGUGGAUAACAUAUGAGUUUGCAUUGAUCAAAAGUAGCAGACUUUGUUUUUUUAUGACCUAAAAGAAACUGACUUCCGAAACUAUAUGCAUUUGUUAUUUGCAAUGUAUGAAUGUGAUAAAUAUAAUAUGUAAUGGAUUAACUGAAUGAACACAAAGUGAACAUAAUUGAAAUCACAAGAAUCAAACACACAAACAAUGUGGCUAAAGAUGGAUACAUUCAUAGCUAAAGUGGGUAACAUAUGAGUUUGCAUUGAUUAAAAGUAAAAAGAUUUCCUUCUAGCACAAGCUAUUAUAUGCAAUGUAUGAAUGUGAUAAAUAUAAUAUGUAAUGGAUUAACUGAAUGAACACAAAGU